GUGAACAAGGCUUAAAUUUUACCACGUUUGAAAUUCGAGUUACCUAAGUACUAAAGCUCAUAUUCACCCGCCUCAUCACAGUCACACAACAUGUGCAUAAUAUCCCUAUCUCAAUUUCGCAUAUGCGUCUACCCAUCGAUCAGUCACUCCUGAUACGAAAAGGAAAAUUGAGAUACUACCACAAAGAAAAAUAUACAUCGCACCGAAGACAAAGCAUCGCGGUAACGGGAAUGAGGACGUCAUGAACACCUAGCCAUCCCAUCACCCACCAUCAUGGCGCACCCGAAGACAAGGACUACGGUCCAGAACUUAUUUCUUCUUGUUGUGGGAAUAUAGUAGAAUAAAGGGAUUACGAUGUGCUUUCCCAAUUGGAUACCUUGAUGGACAAUUUCAAGAACAAUCCAGAUCCCGUCCCAACAUGACAUCUAAGUAGUAUACGAACCCUUAUACAUAGGUGAUCCAGUGAUAUAUGCACUGCCUCAUUGGUGGCAAAGGAAUCGUGAACCACCCGCCCGGGAGCGGGGAGUAUAUCGACGAUACGAACAAGGAAAUGCCAUACCGAAACGUUAAAAAGGUAAAAACGUACAACACCAGGGAUUCGCUGAUCGUCACCGACCCAACUACUAGUCUAGCAAUAUCUAGCUUAUCAAGGGGAGAUCGGACGGGAUCCCGAGCUUUCUAGAUUAUAUGGUCGUACGUGAUAGACCAUUGUAUUGAUUCCGUAUAUAUAUUGUAAAUGUCGACACAUACACGUAAUGUGGAGAGAAAGGGGGUCGAAUAGGGGGG